UCGCUUUUCCAUAUAUUGGAGGCGGGCGGGGUGACAGCUCUAGCCAGGGGGAGACCCGCCGUUUCCGUCGCGUGUGCGUCUCCGGCGCGCCCUCGGGGAGCCUGCGCUUUACGCACUGGGAGGUGUAAUCCGAAGCCGCCGGUUUAAAUAAAGCGCAGCCUUGCUGCCUUUUUCCAAGGGAGAGGUUGCCAACGUCAGAUCUCUUGCGCUGCUCUUUUCCGAGGAGAUUUCUUCUUCCCUACGCAGAGGAAAGCGUUAACAGGAAGGAGGGAGAAAAGAGAGCAAAAAUGAUGAAUGGGACGCUGGAUAGCCUGUGCGACCACACACUGAAUGAAGACGAAGGGACGUUCAUGUUUACAUCGGAAUCGGUAGGGGAAGGACACCCAGAUAAGAUAUGUGACCAGAUCAGUGAUGCCGUGCUCGAUGCCCACCUGAGGCAAGAUCCGAACGCCAAGGUUGCUUGUGAGAGUGUGUGCAAAACAGGGAUGGUGCUGCUCUGCGGGGAGAUCACAUCCAGAGCGGUGGUGGAUUACCAGCAGAUCGUCCGAGACACAAUUAUGAACAUAGGCUAUGAUGAUUCAGCUAAAGGCUUUGACUACAAGACUUGUAACGUUCUUGUUGCAUUGGAGCAACAGUCGCCCGAUAUUGCCCAGGGCGUGCAUCUGCACAGGUCAGAAGAAGAGGUUGGCGCUGGGGACCAGGGCCUGAUGUUUGGCUAUGCCACCGAUGAAACAGAAGAAUGUAUGCCCCUGACCAUCAUGCUUGCUCACAAACUGAAUGCCAAAAUGGCCGAGCUGAGGCGCAACGGGGUCCUCCCUUGGCUUAGGCCGGACUCCAAAACCCAGAUCACAGUUCAGUACGUCCAGAAAGAUGGCGUCGUCAUCCCAGUGCGUGUCCAUACUAUUGUCAUCUCAGUGCAGCACGACGAGAGCAUCUCUCUGGAUGCCAUGCGCAAGGCCCUCCAGGAGCAUGUCAUCAAGGCUGUGGUUCCACUCAGAUACUUAGAUGACAAUACGGUCUACCAUCUUCAGCCCAGUGGCCGGUUUGUUAUUGGAGGACCGCAGGGGGACGCUGGAGUUACUGGACGGAAGAUCAUUGUGGAUACUUACGGCGGAUGGGGAGCCCAUGGGGGUGGGGCUUUUUCGGGCAAAGACUACACAAAGGUGGAUCGGUCAGCAGCAUACGCAGCCCGGUGGGUUGCCAAAUCCUUGGUGAAAGCUGGGCUUUGCCGCCGUGUCUUGGUCCAGGUUGCCUAUGCCAUUGGCGUGGCUGAGCCACUCUCCAUCUCGCUGUUCACGUAUGGUACCUCCACAAAGCCCGAACAAGAGCUGCUAAACAUCGUACACCAGAAUUUCGACCUCCGGCCAGGCGCUAUCGUGAAGGAUCUGGAUUUGAAGAAGCCCAUCUAUCAGAGGACCGCCUGUUACGGCCACUUUGGGAGAAGCGAAUUCUCUUGGGAAGUACCUAAGAAACUGGCCUUUUAACGAUCACGGUCCCGACCCCUGAGCUUAAGGGGAGAGGACUCUAUUAUGAAAGGUGCUUCCACUGACCAUCCUUGAAAAUAGAAAAAAGUUGUUUUCAUGGAAAUCGACGCUGUUUGUACUCUCGACAUCUCACCACACGCACAUACAAAAGAUGUUUCCUAUUGCUGCUAUUUUUGUUUCGUUCCGCUUAGAAAAGGCGCAACAUAGGACUUCGACCCACAAUCAGAACGAUGGAAUACCAGCCUUCAGCCCAACUUCUCUCCAUUCUUCUGUUCAAAUGGGAAGAAAAGAUUCCCUCAGGUUCCAUAAGCUUCCUUACUACAACUGGACAAUUAGAAAUUAUGGGGUCUAAUUUCCUUUCUGCAAAUAUUUGGUACUGCAAAUAUUCCCUGGACUCUUGGUGUGGAAGAGGAUUUUGGGGCCUAUAUUCGACACAUAUUACCCAAAAGGGUUCUGUCAGCUUUUCUUUCAUCUUUCUGCUAUUCUCUUUCUUCUUCUUCGUUUUAAAAAAAGGAAACUCUUUUCUCUUUUAUAACAGUCUUGUGACAAAACAUUUUAGAUGGGUACAUGGCCAAUGCUGUUUAUCUAUGAGCUUACAUAUUGGUAAAGUUGCCUCAGCCCAUUCUAGGCAGGGCUGUUUUAUAUACAAAAUGUUAGACUAUUGCUUACAAGCCACACCCCUCACCCCAUUGGCUGAGCUGCUGUGAUUUCAGGGAAUGCUUUAGCAGGUCAGGGGAGGAACAUUCGGCUAAGAUGGGAUGCAAAAGCCAAGCGGGAAGGAGUUCCAGAUGGGAGAUAGCUGACCAAAAUAAGGAAUACUAGGUCAGCAAGCCUUUUUCAAAAACCCUCCAACUGCUAGAAGGAUGUUAUGAGGAUUAAGGCAAGCCUUUAGCAGCAAGAGAGUACCCUAGACCAAAAAGGAAGGGGAACAGGGCCGGCCCCGUGUUGCGAUGGGGAAGUGUCAUCCUUCACUGUGUGGAGAGGUGUAAAUGAAGACAGGAGUUGUUGGCCAGGCAGUAUGGCCAAUAGGGGAAUAGAUUUGGGAUCCUCUUCAGGCAGGAAAAUGUCUAGCGCUGAAUGGAAGAUGGGGUGGGACCUCAGUUGAGGAAGUGCAACAGAUAAGAAUGCUUUGGGUUUUAGAAAGCUACGUAUUGAGUGAGGUGGGUGGGCAAGUGGUGGGGCUGAAUUUAGCAUUGAUAAGAGCCAAUCAUCCAGGCUGGAUGCCCAUAGUUUUGCCUUUCAUGGUGCCAUUGAAAUAAGGGGGUUCAGAAAGUGCAGUUCCCCCUGCAUCUCAGCAUUACCCAGUUGUACCAGAAUAGCCUUCUGUCCGGAUUCUUGACAGAACAGCAGCCCUCUCUGGAAUGGGAUCUGGCACUUCUCAUGCAUCAGCGGUUCAGGAUCUUAAUCUCAGUAUUUCACUGUGUAAAGCAUCAUGUACACUGAUGGUGCUAUAUAAAAUUAAUUAUAACUGUAAUUUAAUAAUAAUUAAUGGCUGGCACUUAA